GAUGGCCGCCGCUUCAUGUCGAUAACAUUCCUGUCUCAAUGUUACAACGUUUGUUUUAACCGCGCGUGUUUUGUUUAACCGUUACACUUGCCGUUUAAGAGUCUGCAACUGUUACCACAUUGCGACGCCGUCAUGUUCCAGGUUAUCGGCGGCAGGAGUGUCCACGCGACCCGGCUCCUCGCACCCAGGAGCGCCGUGCUCGUGGAGGCCGUCCGCGGCCGAAAGUCCCGCAACGACCCGGUGGCCAGGUCCAAAGAGGGGCGUAUCAAGGUGCCUCCACCCGUCGACCCGGUGGAGAUGGUGGUGCUCAAGGAGAGAUUCACGGAGUACCAGCUGAUCAUGAGGGCGCUCCGUCUGGAGUUUAAGGAGGAGGUUCUGCGAAAGAAGUAUGAGGAGGAGACGGGCUCUCAGGCGGAGGAGAGGGCGAGGCAGGAGGCGGAAGAGCAUUGCGCCCUCAUGGCCUGGAACAACCAGGAGAACCUCCGCUUGCUCAAAAUCAGAAUGAUGAGGAUCCAGAAAGAAGAAGAGGAAGCUGAGCGCAAGAAAAUAGAGGCUGCCAUUAAGCGUGAACAAGAACACCAAGAAUUCCUCAAAGAAAAAGAGAGGGAGAUUUUGCAGUUGCAGGAGGAAGCAAAGAACUUCAUCACCUUGGAGAACUUGGAUCAGCGUAUCGAGGAAGCUCUGGACAAUCCAAAGAAUUACAACUUUGCCAUCGACAAACAAGGCAGAGUUGUUAAACAGACAGUGCUGCAGUGAAACGGCAGACAAACCUGUGUGCGUCCGUCUCAGGAGGAAAUAAAAUCAAACACUUGCGCCUGUUUUGUCUAAGUGGGACUUUGAGUCUAAUCCACUCUGGAGGUGAAUUUUCUUCAGACACAAACACUGAAAAACAUUCAGGGCUGUGGUACCUGUAAACUCUGACAUAUUUAAAGAUCAUUCAUCAGCACAUAACUUGGAUAAUCUCCAUAAAAUCUGAAGUACUUAUUAUUGAUGGACAGGCAUCACGUCAUCAGAAAAGUAUGAGCUUGGAGUCAGUUUGGCUUUUGACAGAAUGAGACCAUAUUUCUUAGUUAUGUGAUGAGAAGUUUAACCAUUCUGCCUUUACUGUUCAUGUCUGUUUUAUAUUCUUAUUAUUUGAGUGAUGUACUGACACCACAACAUGUUCUUUUGGUCAUUACUGUCUGCUUGUGAUAUGUAAUGUACAUAAAGUAAAUUAAUGUUUAUUGGA